AUGUGCCGUGCAUGGGUGGUUGCUGGCGUCAUGCCUGUCGUGGUGAGAACGGAGGAAUGGGGUGGUGGGGCAUACGUACCCCUUGCCCAUGACGUUGCCACGUCAUGGGCGUUGUCCCUCGUCCUUGGUCCAUCGUUCCGCGCUGGGGGUGUCGUUGUCGUUAGCGUGGGUGUCGUGCGACAUGACGAUAUGGCAUGCCCUCAACUAUCACUGACCCACACUAUAUGUAUAGCUUGUCUAUUGUAUAGUCCACUGGACUGGGACUGGACUCUGAAAAGUGGCUGGCAGUCCAGUGGGAGUCCAGUGGACUGGACUGGACUGGACUGGACUGGGCAUUCUGCCAGCCAAUCUGGCCUGGUAAGAGGGCCACUGGAAUCCACUGGAGUCCACUGGAGUCCAUAUGGAUUAUGUGGGGGAGGCAUUGGUAUUAUUGAUGACAUCGAGGGUUCAAUUCUCAAGGUCUUUAUUGUCCCCCACUGA